AUGCGCCUCGCAGCGGGUGUAAUUGCCGCGUUUUGGCUGCUGCUGCAGUUCGUACCCCGCGCGGCCAAGGGGGAGUUCUCGAACGCCAUCCUGAGCUUCCUGCAAACGCAGGAGGCGAAGCUCAAGGACAAGCUGCCAGCUCCUGUGGCCGAGGAAGAUGAAAGCAAGGCCGAGCCCACUUGGCUCGACGAGCAGGAUAGGCUCGCAGAGUAUGAAUCAUCGCAAACAGAACGGGCAAAUGAUAUGACCCUAAAAGCCAUUCAAAAAAAGCGCGCGGCAAACAUACUGCGCUCUUAUGCCGAAGGCAUACAUGCGGAACUGGUCAAGCUCAGAGGAGAACCGGGAAACCACGCAGACCAGGAACUGAAGCUUACAACCCAACUGGAAGCCAACCUGGCAAGGGUGGCGAUGUUGCACAAGCAGGCGGAGCUCAUGCAACACCAGGCCGCGAAAGCCAAAGAGGAGCUCAGCAACAUCCACUCUUCCACCGACCGAUCGAGGGUGCUCGGAGUAGACUGCAACAUGCUGAAAAUAGCGCCGUUGUUUUACUCCGCCCGCAGCGACGACGUCGAACACAAGGACAAGGUGCCUCUCAUGGCGAAGCUGAACGGAAAUGCGCUGGUGCUAUACCACGAAAAAGUGCCUCAACUCACGUUCUACCUGGUAGACGUAGAGCUGCCGACGAGACCUGUGGAGAGCGCACCGAGCUGCUUUUCCUUCACCUACCGGGGAGCUGAGCAGGCACUUUGCGCCGGAUCCGAGAUGUCCUGCCACACGUGGAUGAAUGCGCUGACUGAAGCGUGGUUCUGCAAGAACCAGGGCAUCAGGGGGGUAAUGGCCAACACGAGGCAUCAGAAAAAGGAAGAGCCGAGCAAAAAGGACAGCAAGAAGAAAAAAGAGAAGGAAAAGGCAGAUGACAACACCAUUAUGAAGCAUGCCGUUAAGGAGGACCCCAAUAAGGCACUCGUCAACAUGGAGGUGUACGUCGACGACAAAAACAAAACCCACAUGAUCGUCAACGGGAAGGAAAAGCCCGUGACAGCCGUUGCGGAUCUCAUAAACAUAAGAGAGAUUAUGCAGCAGGUGAAGGACGAGAAGAAGUGA